UAAAUAUAUACAUAUGUAUACAUAAAUGGUGCAGAAAAGCAAAAGACGAUUGCAGCGCACCGUCUUGCGCCUGCAAGUUGCGGCGUGCCAAUAAAAAGUUGAGUGAUUGAUUGUUUUUCGCUUAUGUACUUAUUAUAUAGUUAUAUAUAGGCAGUGUAAUUAAGGUUUAUCAUUUAAGAUUGUGUACCUGCUUGUUUUAAACAUGUUUCGAACUUUGACUACUUUCGAUACACAGCUUUACGCAGAUUCCGUAGAAUGGUGUCCCAUAGAACCAUUCAAAGACUUCUUCGUAUGUGGGACGUAUCAACUGAUAGAAAAUACAGAAAGUGUUGCAAAAAAUGAAUUGAAACCAAGUAGACGUUUAGGCAGAAUAUAUUUAUUCCAAGUUGUUAAUGGUGGUAAUAUAAAGUUAUUGCAACAAUUAGAAACAGAAGGUGUACUAGAUAUGAAAUGGGCACAUGGAAUGUGUAAUCAAAAAAUAUUGUUAGGUGUAGUUAAUUCGUUAGGGUAUUUACAAAUUUAUCAAUUACUAAGUGGGAACAAUGAAAUGUUAAAAUUAAUGACAGAAUUGAAAGUAAACGAUCAGAAGGAAGAAAUUCUAGCUUUGUCUCUCGACUGGUCGAUAGGAAAAUAUUCUAGCAAAGAUAAUUCCAUAGCUAAGAUAAUAGUUAGUGAUUCUACUGGUGGCACAUCUUUAUUCGAAUUAUAUAAUGACCAAAUAAAAAAUUUAACAUCGUGGUCAUCUCAUGAAUAUGAAGCAUGGAUAGCUGCUUUUGAUUAUUGGAAUGUAAACAUAAUAUACACCGGUGGUGAUGAUUGUAAAUUUCAACGGUUUGAUAUAAGAACAGGAAAUAAGCCUACUAUGACUAAUAGGAUUCAUACUGCUGGUGUUACUAGUAUUCAUAGCAAUGUUGAUGAAGAACAUAUAUUAGCAUCGGGAAGUUAUGACGAAAUAUUACGUUUAUGGGAUACGAGAAAUUUCAAGAGACCGAUUUCAGAAACUGAUUUGCAUGGUGGUAUUUGGCGUUUGAAAUGGGAUCCUUUCGCGCGUCGAUUUUUAUUGGCUGCUUGUAUGUAUGGUGGAUUUAAAGUAAUCGAUUGUCAGAAUACGGAGACGCCUUCGAUCGUUGACGAAUAUAAUAAUCACGAAAGUUUAUCUUAUGGAUGCGAUUGGUCAUUUCUCUCUCGACAAUGUAUUUCUGAACGAGGUGAUCAUUGUUGGAUUUAUCAUCUACUCGUUUUGAUUUUUUUCUACUUUUUAAAAUAUAUAUGUAUAAAAAACGCAUUUCUGAAGGCACACACGUAUUUAGACACUAAAAAUUAAAUAUAAUUAUUUUAAAUUUUCUUACGAUAUAACUAAAAGAAUAUUGUUAUUGAUAGUAUUGUACCGUCAUCGCGUUAAGUACAUACUAUCGUCCAAUGGUGGUCCCAGUGGUAACAAAAAUGAUGCUGGGUAGAUAAAAAAGGGGACUUGUGAGUUUCUAGAUACUUCACUACAAAAAAGUUGGCAUAGAACCGCAACAGCAGAAAAAAAUGAAAAAAUGAAAAUAUGUACCUAUUGUUUAUACA